CGUCGCGCGUACGCAUCAUUCAGUCAGUCAGCAGCACGCAGAGGGACAGCAGCAGCAGCCGCACCUCCUGUAGACACCGAAUAGCGUCUCAUUUAUACAUUCUGGGUGUUUAAUAGCGAUGAGAACGAUGGUCUGAAGAGAUUUAGGCGAUCAAUUCGUGAAUGUAAUUCCAUUACAUUCAUCUGAUCCGCGAGCGACUAGGGCCGCUUUGGUUUUACCGUCUCCGCAGUCGCCUUCUCUCUGAGAGAUUCACGUUCCCAUGCGAUUCUUCAGACUCACCUUUAAGUGUUUCGUGGAUUGUUUUUGAAGGUGCUGUUUUAAAGCGGUGUCUUUUUUUCUUUUAAAGUCUACUAUUUAUUUUACAAACGCGCUUUUUGAUAAAAACCAACCAACAAAACCGUUGCCAAUUUCGCCGAGAAAAUCAAACUGCCAACGGAAAAAAAUAUUAUACAAAAAUUCGUUAAGAAUAACAGCUGAUUUUAUUAAAUAAAAGGAUAAAGGACCAGAUCCUGUGCACCUAAAGAGGAACAAAAGGGACAUAUUGGUGUAAAAAAAAAAAAACUGAAACUGACUUAGUCCAGAAACAAUAAGAGAUCAAAUAUUUAUUUUUGACUGCUAAUUUAAGCCCUUCUCGAGUCUCGUGAGGAGGUUGGUUUGCUUUGUUUACACGAGAGAUGGAGAAAUCCUCUCUGGACGCAGACUGCGCCCUGAACAUGGUCCUGGUGGAGGAGAAGAAGGGCCAUCUCAUUCCCAAUGGAAACGCGCAUCAAGGCGUCAAUGGGACCCUCAACGGGGGACCCGUAUCAGCGGCCACUGGAGCCAUAUCUGCGGUGGAGAAGAGGCAGGGCUACCCCGAGCGAGAGACCUGGACCAGACAGAUGGACUUCAUCAUGUCCUGUGUGGGCUUCGCCGUGGGUUUGGGGAACGUCUGGCGCUUCCCGUACCUGUGCUACAAAAAUGGUGGAGGAGUGUUCCUCAUUCCCUAUGUGUUGUUCAUAUUUCUGGGAGGCAUUCCGAUAUUCUUCCUGGAGAUUGCGCUGGGUCAGUUUAUGAAAGCUGGAAGCAUCAAUGUGUGGAACAUUGCCCCUCUUUUUAAAGGACUUGGCUUUGCCUCCAUGGUCAUUGUGUUCUUUUGUAACACGUACUACAUCAUGGUACUUGCCUGGGGUUUCUACUACUUAAUAAAGUCCUUCAAUUCCACGCUGCCCUGGUCCACCUGCAAAAACCCAUGGAACUCGGAGAACUGCAUUGAGAUCUUCCGCCACUCCGACUGCCACAACGGCACCAUUGGCAACUCUACAUUUGGCAACAUGACGUGCGAAGAGCUUGCUAAUGGGCGUUCCCCUAUUAUUGAAUUUUGGGAGAACAAGGUUCUGAACAUCUCGGAUGGGCUGGACCAGCCAGGCGAGAUAAACUGGGAAAUGGUGCUGUGUCUUAUGGCCGUGUGGGUGAUGGUUUACUUCUGUGUGUGGAAGGGGGUGAAGUCAACGGGAAAGAUUGUGUAUGUCACUGCCACGUUCCCAUAUGUGGUCCUGAUUAUUCUCCUGGUGAGGGGCGUUACUCUUCCUGGAGCUUAUGAUGGGAUCUUGUAUUAUGUCAAACCUGAUUGGUCUAAGCUAGGAGAGGCACAGGUCUGGAUCGAUGCCGGCACUCAAAUCUUUUUCUCCUACGCUAUCGGGCUCGGAGCCCUCACCGCCUUGGGCAGCUAUAACAGAUUCAACAAUGACUGUUAUAAGGAUGCUUUUGUUCUGGCUUUUAUUAAUAGUGGCACCAGUUUCUUUUCUGGUUUCGUGGUUUUCUCCAUCUUGGGUUUUAUGGCUUCUGAGCAAGGUGUGGACAUCUCUAAAGUGGCUGAAUCGGGCCCUGGUUUGGCGUUCAUAGCGUACCCUAAAGCCAUUUCAAUGAUGCCCGUGGCUCCGGUGUGGGCUGCACUGUUCUUCAUCAUGCUGCUACUGCUGGGACUGGACAGUCAGUUUGUUGGUGUGGAGGGUUUCGUUACUGGCAUUCUUGAUCUUUUCCCUGGAAAGUAUUACAUGCGCUUUCAGCGCGAAAUCGCUGUCGCGAUCUGCUGUUUAUUAUGCUUCAUUAUAGAUCUCUCCAUGGUUACACAGGGAGGGAUGUACGUCUUCCAGCUUUUUGACUACUACUCAGCCAGUGGAAUGACCCUACUGUGGCAAGCAUUCUGGGAAUGCGUGGUUGUCGCGUGGGUUUAUGGUGCUGACAGGUUCAUGGACGAUAUUGCUCGUAUGAUCGGUUACCGGCCAUUCCCGUGGAUAAAGUGGUGCUGGUCCUUUAUAACUCCAUGUGUUUGCAUGGCUAUCUUCCUAUUUCACCUGCUGAACUACAAACCUCUGACCUACAAUAAUGUGUACGUGUACCCGUGGUGGGGAGAGGUGAUCGGAUGGUGUUUGGCUCUCUCCUCCAUGCUCUGUAUCCCCGUUAGCCUCGUGUACAAACUCGCUGGAUCCAAGGGAACAUUCAGAGAGCGUUGGGAAAGUCUGACCAAACCAGUGUGGGGAGCCCAUCACCUCGAAUACAUGGCCCCUGACACUGACAUUAAAAGCCUGACCUCUUUGUCGCCUGGAACGGAGGAGAACAAGGUGAUCAUUUUUGAGAGUGUUAUGUAGAUCAAAAGGGAAAUCUUACGACAACCCUCCUAAGGCAAGCUGGUUGAAGAAAUCCUCAGUAUUUAUUUGACAUUUUAUGGAAUUCUGAAUCAUCUUACAGUCUUAAAACAGCUGAUGGAUAUUGAUGGUUACAUAUGUUUCAGAUCCUCUAGCAUGCACAUUACCAGAUGUUCUUCCUCUUCCACCCUUUCAAACUGCAGUCUAUACAUGAUAAAAAAAGAAAAAGAUGUGCAAUGUUCAAGACUUGCAGAACGAAAUCAGCGUGUCUUUGGAGGGAGGGGACAGUAUAGUGUUGCCUAUAACUUCAUUUGACUGAGUGGCAGAAUUCCCACAGGCAACUUUCCUGAACAUGACAAGGGUCUCUUUGCAUUGACACACGAGUAUCAAAUCUGAGCAUUUUUUUUUUUUACAAAUGCAACCUUGACUUAAAUUGGCCCAUAAUGACAUCCAGAACAAUGGUGAUAAAUUUCCCAAAUUCAUAAACUAAAAUAUAUGCUUCAAUAAACGAUGCUGAGUUUAACGGAUCAGCAAAAAUAGAUGCAGAUCUAGCCAUCAAAUUAAAUGUCUUUGCAAAUUUCUCUCGCUUUCUCAAUGUGUCUUCAUCUGAGACAGGUGACCUCAAUACCUGGUGCAUGACAUUACAGCGUUUACUGUAUGUGCCAAACGGAGCGUGACUUUCCAUCUCUCUUCAAGUUUGUCAGGAGAUGGUUUCGGUUGCCAUAAAAAAACAACAUCUUCAUAGUUGAGUUGAAAUGUAUCGCAAGCUUGAUGUGAUCUAGAAAGUUUUUAUUAGACACAGGCUGGCUUUCAAAUGAAGACGUGGCACUUCCCUAAGGUGCUUGUGAACCAAAUGUUGCAUUCUGUUUAGGAUUGAAUUGUUAGUCAACAUGAAACACCCAUUUUUUAUAACGCAACCAAUAAAAUCACAUUACUGAUUUCAAAUUGGUUGCAAACAAUGUUUCAUGACGAAUAUUUUCAGUCCUACAUUUUGAGUGCCAGUAUUAGUAUGUUCUAUGAUAUCUUUAUUUUAUGAUUUUAAAAUCUUAAUGUAAAGUUUCACAUUAUCGUAAAGAUUCCUGUAGCUUUAACUAACAAUUUAAAAUUUCACAGUUUGAACUAGGGCUGUGCAAUAUAGACAAAACAAAACUCUUUUUUUUACGAUUUUGAGACAAUAGUUUCUUACACACUUUGCGAGCGCCAUACAUUUGCAUAAAUGGUGCAUGACAGCGUUGGUUGUUUUUUAUGCCUUUUUGAACUUUUUCCGAAUGUUGCGCGGUUCGCAAUAGCAUGUACUGUAUUAUGGAUUUUUGUUCUACUGGUUUUGGGAUAAGCUGUUGUUUUUCUAUGUAAACCCGCUUGACGGACGUCUUUAACCAUUGCGUUCGUGUCUUUUGCAGUAUGACUGCGCUCAAGUUAAAAGAAGUUCAAUUUGUAAAAAAAAAAAACAGUUCUGUUUGAAUGGCCCCUACUCUGUUUUGCCGCAAUGAUAGUUUGACAGGUCUUGCAAAUUACCCGGCACAUUUUAGUUAUGUAAAGUUGCUAUGUUUCCAAUGAUAAUAAGCCAUAUUUGAAGUUGAUGGGUGAUAGGACAUACAUCUACAUAAACCCUUUGUUAACCAUCUGUCCUGCACAGACUACGUGACCAACACUUCCUGUGGAGUUUUUUGUCUGCAUAUUACCGACUGCUAAAAUUUUGGUCAACUAAAGCAUAGUUCACACUACAUGAUUUUAAAACGUCGGGCUGGACUGUGCGGUUCACACUACAUGACUUGCUCUCUGUGAAAUCCAGAGUGUUCAAGUUGCUGAGCUGUUCACACCACACGACACAACAUGAUUGAUCCGCAACAGGGAGGUAACGCACUACACAAGUUGACAACAACUCUGUCACCCAACGAUUCUAGAUCUUAUGAAACAACAUGCAGGUCCCAGGCACUCAACAAAUGGAUAAUGAGGAGAAGGCGAAGGUUAAAAAGCCUUUAUUGAAACUGGCUUAUUUCAUUAUAAAAAGUUACAAGCCAACAUGUUUCGACCCACAAAUGGUCUUCUUCGGGGCCAAGUAACACACACAAUGAGAAUGGCGAAAGAUUAUAAAUAACACCCCACCUUAAAUCAGAGAACAAUCAAUCAAUCUACUUAGGUUAAAAACAAUCAAUUAACCAAAGGUAAUCAGGUUUAACAUAGAUACAUAUGGAUAAUCAACAAAAUAGGUACAAAACACUCUCCGUCAAUGUGGGUUAUCUGGAGAGACGAAAGAAAACACGAUGAACAUCAUAUACAAAACACAAUAAAAUGAGUAUUAGACAAUUAUAUCAUAAAAAAAUUCUAGAUCUUGUCUACAACAAACCACGUUUUGUCGCGAAAAAUCGUGCGAUAAAAGAACUGGAAAUGACCAAUUCCCAGCGAACAAGACGAAGAACUCAACACGCGAAUAUGGACGUCAGACGGAAACUAGCGCUGCAAAUUGUUUGCAUGGUGAUU